UUAGCAUAUUCUAAAGUUUCUUUUAAAAAGGACUUUGUUGUCAAAGGCGAUUAUGGGCACCUUGUUGUUGAAAACACGAUACUGGUGAUGGAAAUAUUAUUAGAAAAACAUAAAGAUGCUCGAAAAACGAUCGGUGUUCCCAAAGAUGAUCUUGUCCAUGAAAUUGGUAAAAAAGUAAGUACUCAAUGGAAAGAGCUUGAGAGAAACCUAGUAAUACCUGGUGAUAAAUUAGACAUUAUAAACCACGAUGAAUAUGAAUUGGAAGAAAAAGCAAUUCAAGUCCUUCAACAUUGGAAAAGAAAUACCGAAAAAAAUUCUACUGUGAAAACUUUAUUUCGUGUUUUGUCCAAUUUUUGCUUUGGAGAUGCUUCAGAAUAUUUACAAGACUGCCUUCCAUGUGUAAUUUCGUCGAACAAUGAAGAAGUCUUCAAAAAUAUGUUUCUUGAUGAAGAUUACAACGUUCGAGACGACAUUCACGAUACAUUCAAAUGUGUCUUUGGGAUACAUGGAGCGUAUGGAAUAGUGAAUAAAGAUAAAAACAAAAACAUGCCAUUUGAACAUCUGUAUGUCACAGUUCAUGGACAAGAAAGAAUCUAUGAAGAAAUUUUAAAAGAAAGGAUCGAUAAAGAAUUUGGAUGGAAAGCUUCAACAUUCAUCGAAUUUCGUCGUACAUCAUCUUCAUCAUCCAGGUUUAUAUUGUUAGGUCAUGUUCGUGCCAGGAAUAGUUCAUCAAAUUUGUCGCAGAAAUUUAGUGAUGACAAUAAGUGUUGCGGUGCCUUGACAAUGUUCUGUCGUCAAAAUGAAAAUUACUAUGCAUUAACCUGCGCGCAUGUUGCUUGUGACACCAAAGAUUUACAAAAUGAUGUUUCAAAAAUAACCGAUGUAAUAAAUACCAGAAAUGGAAAUGAUGUUAACAUUUAUUUCUACCAUCCACACAACUCCAAAGAGGAAAUACAACUGAGUACUGUUCCCUGCAACACUGUUAGUAAGUUUAACAGUGAAGCAGAUAUCAUGCGUAUUCCAGUUGGAAAUAAAGACAAUUUUCAGCGUCUAGGUGGAGAUAAUAUGAAAAAUCUUGUUUUAAAUUUCAAAGAAAUAAACGAAGAGCUUUACAAAACAGCAAACAGCAAUAAAGGUCUUGUAAACGUUCGUACCAGUAAUCACGUCACUGGUUUUAUCAUUGAACGAAAUUUUUCUUACAUUGACGCUACUUCAACGACAAUUUUCAAAAAUGCCGUCAAGGUAAAGAGUAGUGCUUCAUUUCUGGAGAAAGGUGACUCAGGAACUCUUGUCUAUUUCAAAGAUGGAAAAGAUCUUUGGCGGCCAUUUGCAUAUGGCGUGUGCAAAAUUGAUGAUGAGGAUGACGAUGAUGGUGAUGAUGACGACGAUAGUUAUAAGUAUGACAAUAAUGGUAACUAUGAAGAUUUCAAGGAAUACUAUUUAUGCUUAAAAUUGGAUAAAGCAUUAAAAAUGCUCGAUCUAAAAGAUUGUGAAUUCUUUAUAGAAGCAGAAAAUGUUAACCAUAGCGCUUCAUCGAAUUGAAGAAAAUUGCAAAAAAUGAUGAUAUACAAUAUGCAUUCUUCAUACAAUCCGAGUUAACAAGUUUAUCGUAAAAAAGAUAAUGUAUGUAAUUUAGCUUUCUUGUUAGGGUGGUUCUUUAGAUGUUGUUGAUUUUGUAAAGUUUCGAGGCAUUUAAAUUUUGUCGAUUUAAUUAAAACACUGCGAUGGAUGUGUUUUUAAUAUAAAUGAAACUUUAAAUGUACUUAAUUCAAAGUUGUUUGCUAAAUACGUUCUUGGACCGAUUUAAAUAACGCUGAUAUUAUUAAGUUAAAUGGUUUUGCAUUUGAACUGAUGGUAGUCAUAAUUACAUGUUUUCAAUUCCCA